AUGACAUUAACACUAACCAGGACAAACUUGGUACCGCUCUGCACGAUCUCUUCAAGAUCUAAUGACCGCAAUAUCUACUUUCACAACGAAGGCAUAAACAUUUUCCAAGAUCCAAAGCUCUUGACUCGAAAAGUGGCGCUUGUAGGCGUUUUAUACGUCCCAGAGAACGCUCAAGACGACGGAUUGGCCGCAGAAUCCGACCGCGGUCUCUUUCUAAGCCCCAUUACCGCUAUUUCUGCAGCUGAUAAAGAUGUGGGUAUGUUGCUUCUCGUGUUACGCAAUGUUUCGCUUGUCAAUGAGCCUUUUUGGGGCUUGUUACUUUUCAUAUUGAGCUCACACGUGGUAGUGAUAAAGGCCGGCGCCAUUACCACUGCCAGUUUUCAAGAAACGCUGCCAUUUUUAGAGGACUUUACACACUUAAAAGUAUGUGACAUGAUAGUUGAUGGAGAAAGGAAUGCAUUCUUGCUGAAGGAACUAGCGCCAGGAAUUACAUGGGGUGCAAUAGACCUUAAGAUCAAGGACAUGAACGGCUGUGACUCACCUUCGGCCUACUUUGAGCAACAAUUGGUUGCUGGGUCAACUGAUGCUCAGUUAUUACUAAGUUCUUUUGUGUCAGUAAGAGACUGUGUGGUGCUUAAAUCCAGCUCAUUUCAGACACCAAGGGACCCGUACACGUCGCCCAAGUUGCUGACUCAUGUGGCUGAUCGACUGGUGUGCAAAUCCUUCUUUGGACGAUAUAUGAACGGACCAAUGCUAAUGCGACUAAUCAGAUUGCUAGCACAUGCCGUGACAUCGCCAAAUAAAACUCCACUGGUGUUACAGCAUAUGGUGAUGAAUGUGGUCGCCGUGCAUUGGCAGGAGCUGGUGCAACAGGCUUUCAAAGCGUACUGCGACGUGAUGCAUGCAAGUCUGGCGGUGUAUGAACCAGCGCCGAUAACGGCAGAGUAUCUGGUGGAUGUUACAGAACGAAAGCUGAAGGCAAACGAGUCAAAUAAUUUGCAUGUUGCUGUUGUGGACGCUCGACAGGAAAGCUACUCGGUUUUUGAUGAAUUUGGGAAUUUGAAACAGCACCAGGUUGUUGAAGAAGAUGAGCUGGCCGUGCAUUCAGCAACCAUCUUCCACGACUUCCUACGAACCGUUGGAGUAGCUCGAGUCGAGGCCAGGGCCAGGCUAUGUCGCAACGUGGCAGUAGGGGGGCUUGGCGAUAUUCGGGAGGAUGCAGAAGCAGCAGAGGCUGAACUAUUGAAAGAGGCAAGUGCAGUACAAACACCUGAGCAAAUGUUAACACGAUGCACGGCAAGUAUCGGGCAUUACUCAGUAGCUUUGAAGUACUCAAACAUUUCUAGCGAAGCGAUGCCCGUCAAUAAUGCCGUGUUGGAUACAGUGCAUGCUGAUGGUUUGGAUGAAGUGAAUGCUUUAUUAAAGCCAUUCCUUGUCGAUAUGCAAGGUCCACUACCAUCCAGUCCUGAACUUGCGUGUUCACUAGAGUUCCGCGUAGGAAAAAAAAAUUUGUGGGCGAAAUUGGCUCGCAUACGAAGGCGCUUCGAUCGCGCGAACGAAGUUUCGUCGGCCAUAUUUUGUGGCGAACUGCUGCGUUAUCUACAUUCAGUGGUUCUUCGGAAGAAUGAGACCGAUGCGGAGCAGCAGCAGCAAUCACGAGAUCGUGCUGUGUCUUCGAUUAUGCUUGUCAGCAAAAAGAGUGAAAGGGGUCCUGUGUCUCUGACGCGAGUGCCUCUGGAGUUACUAACUUACAAGAACAAUCUGGAGGCAAUGGUGUCUCAGUAUAACUUUGUAGCGCGUGGUCCCCAGGCAGCAACAGUGCUCGCGGGAUUUCUCCAUGGUCCCGUCCGCAACCAGCUUCAACACUUGACACAGCAAGAGUACGGCCGCUUUUCGGCAGCCUGUGAGGAGAAGAAAAACCGUAUCAAGCAAUUAGGAAAGGCGCUGGAGAACAAUGAACGUCAGGUGCAUCACAUAGAGAAAGCAAACGCAGAGUGGGGGCGUCAAGAACGAAAGGCUGUUGCCGAAAUUGAAAACACCCAUACAAAGCAGUUGAGCUCGCUUCAAGAUGCGAUCCGUCGUGCCGAGGCGCACAUCAAAAGGGCGUUAGCUGACCAACAAGCUCUGUACCAGAGCACAAUGGAGGCUACGAGGCACACAAUCGACACAGUGGACAAGGUAGCUGAUAAGGGUCGUGUGGUAUCAGGCUACCUAGAGCGCUAUGAAAAGGGCCACGUUUUCUCUUCGCGCUGGCGCCAAUACUUCUAUGUACUGAACCAUGAUAUGCUUACAUGCUACAAAUCGAAGAGUGAGUACGAAGAACGCGGUCCUGUUUUUGAGCAACCUAUUAGCGUUAAUGGCUACAGUGUGGUACGUAGCCGAACCGACGAACUCAAGAUUAAACUGGUUCCACCCGGAGCGGGCAGUCGAAUGCUUCGCUUCCGCGCUCCUGCCAGCGUGGGCCGUGAAACGUGGAUCAAACGUUUUACGGAGGCCACGCAGUUUAUAAGCAGAUAG